GGGCCUCCGCAUUGCACGUUGGGAGCUGUGGAGCCGUGUGGCAUGCUGGGAACGUGAGGCGAAAAAGGGGAUUGAAAAUUUCGCCCGUGUCCCCAUGGAUUUCGGGAGACUCUCGCCUAUGUUACAGGAGCACUUGGCACUUGAAAAAACUCUUGUUUUUGUUGUGGGAAACACAUGACCGGGGACAAGGCAAAUUUCUUGCUUCCGGCGCACCCUUAUCGUCAAUGGGAGGCGCCCCUCCGCGGCGCCUUGCGCGUCCCGGAGACUUCUGGGUAGCGGUUUACCCCCGCCCACUGCGUCAGCAUCUUCCUUUCGCCGCCGGACGCCGCCGAGGUCGCACGCGUGAGGUCUGUCCACCGCAACCGACAUGCGCUACGUUGCCUCUUAUCUGCUGGCCGCCCUCGGGGGCAACUCCAAUCCCAGCGCCAAAGACAUCAAGAAAAUACUAGACAGCGUGGGCAUCGAGGCGGACGAUGAACGACUCAACAAGGUCAUCAGUGAGCUGAAUGGAAAGAAUAUUGAGGAUGUCAUCGCUCAGGGUGUUGGCAAGCUGGCCAGUGUGCCUGCUGGUGGGGCUGUGGCUGUUUCUGCUGCCCCUGGCUCUGCAGCUCCUGCUGCUGGUUCUGCCCCCGCUGCAGAGGAGAAGAAAGAUGAGAAGAAAGAGGAGUCUGAGGAGUCGGAUGACGACAUGGGAUUUGGCCUGUUUGAUUAAGUUCCCCUGCCAAUAAAGCCUUUUUAUGUA